GAGCACAUUGGGCUUGUGAGGAUCUCCGAGUCACAAGGAGAACAACCAGACCAGCCUCGUACCUGCUCAAACGAGCCCGGGACCGACGAGUCAACCACCGCGAAAGGAGAACGACAAGCCGUCGUUUCUGACUAAAGGGGAGAACGCCGAAUUUGCAGUGAGUUAAGAAGACGUAAGUGGGACCGGAGCACAAGUAACGUUAAUAUGACCUCGUCAAAGUGGGACUAAAUAUCCAGACAUGUUGAAGAAGACAGAAGAAUAAAGACGCCGUGAGAAAGGAGUUCCAGGUGGAUGGGAAUGGCUUGAUUCCUCGCUGCGUGCGGCACUACUGUCAGAGGCGCUCAUGUUUCUGUGGAAGCAACAGAAAGUUUGCUGCGCUUCACGAGGAAAUAAAGCCACUGUUUUGCGACUGUUCUAACACACGCCAGCGGCACCGUCCGUCCGCUCGUGUGCUUCUGACCCAACAUGUCCAACCCCGCGCUGAGGAAGAACCACUGGACCUCCCGGCUGAACGAGUGCUCCGUGUCCAAAGAUGCCCACGGGGACUUGAACGUACCACUGCGCGGCGGUGCGGAGAACGGAGAGUUCGCUUUCAUCGGGCAAAUCAAGCAGCAUCAAGUGCUUUACAACAGUGGACGGGUAAAUGACGGAGAGCUUCUUUUGGAGGUGGAGAACCUUCCCAUAUCAGGAUUACCCCUGUACGACGUGCUGACCCUCAUCAAGAGCUGCAAAGGUCCCGUCAGGUUAAAAGCCGUAAGGCCAGGAAGUAAGCUGAACAAGGACCUGAAACACUAUCUUAGCCAACGCUUCCAGAAAUCUUCGCCUGAUCAUGAACUGCAGCAGAUUAUCCGAGACAACCUCUACCGCCAUGCCGUGCCUUGUACAACCCGACCCCCUCGUGACGGAGAAGUUCCUGGUGUGGACUACAACUUCCUUUCAGUUCAGGACUUUCUGGAAUUAGAGAAGAGUGGAACCCUGUUAGAAAUAGGAACAUAUGAAGGAAACUAUUAUGGGACACCCAAGCCGCCGUUGCAGCCCCCUGGUAGCAAAGUGAUUACCAAUAGCAGCGGCGGUGAUGCCCCACGACCAGACGGGCUCAGUGGUAGCCUGCCAGGCUCGCAAGACUCCACGCCCCGACGCACCAAGUCCUACAAUGACAUCCACAAUGCUGGAAUAGUGCCUGGAGAACAGCCACAGGAGGACGACGAGGACCUCCCUGACAUGAACAGUAGCUAUACAGGAGAAUCAAGUGAAUUAGACGAGAUCCAUCGCUCGGUCAGACCCUUCACCCCUCGCCAGAGUGACCCAUCCUACCUUGGGACAACCCCCUUACCACCGGCCACCACGGAGAGCACUCAGCAGACACACCCUAACCUGAGCCAUCCUCCCCCAGAGGACCCUCAGGGACCUCUGCCUGACAACUGGGAGAUGGCCUACACUGAGAACGGAGAGGUCUAUUUUAUAGACCACAAUACAAAGACCACCUCUUGGAUAGACCCUCGGUGCCUGGACAAGCCUCAGAAACCCCUGGAAGAAUGUGAAGAUGAUGAAGGGGUUCAUACAGAGGAACUGGACAAUGACCUUGAACUUCCACCCGGAUGGGAAAAAAUAGAUGAUCCAGUGUAUGGAGUCUACUAUGUUGAUCAUAUCAACAGGAAGACCCAGUAUGAGAAUCCUGUACUGGAGGCUAAGAGGCGCAGGCAAGUGGAACAGCAACAGCCUCAACUGCAAAGCCAUCAGCCACCUGAAGAAUGGAUUGAAGACUUAACGUUUGCUGGGGCCCCUUUAACAACGUAUACUGCCAACCACCAAGAGACCUACAGGGACCCUCCAACUGGACCCACAGUGCCAAUGGGACAAAAACGAGGAAAGCCUUUCUUUACCCGGAACCGAUCAGAACUAAAGGGAACUUUCAUCAAUACCAAGCUGAAAAAGAGUCGCAGAGGUUUCGGUUUCACUGUAGUGGGAGGCGACGAGCCAGAUGAAUUCCUGCAAAUCAAGAGUCUAGUCCUUGAUGGACCUGCUGCCCUCGAUGGCAAGAUGGAGACAGGUGAUGUAAUAGUGAGUGUCAAUGACACCUGUGUGCUCGGCUACACCCAUGCACAAGUUGUGAAGAUCUUCCAGUCAAUCCCAAUCGGGUCGAUGGUCAACCUGGAGCUGUGCCGAGGUUACCCACUGCCCUUUGACCCUGAUGACCCCAACACAAGCCUGGUUACCUCAGUCGCAAUUCUUGACAACAAAGAGCCCAUCAUUGUCAACGGUCAAGAGGCCUCCAUUAAUACCUACGACUUGCCACCCAAUCACAGCAGUCAGAACAACAACAAUGGCUCAACCAAUGGCGGGGUGGCCCUCAAUGGCCUCCCGCGACCUCACAGCCCCACUGCAGACGUGGUGUCUGACACCUCAUCCCAACAUGGCUACCCAAGCGAUGUGGUCACAUUGGCCUCAUCCAUUGCAACACAACCAGAGCUCAUAACUGUACACAUGGAGAAAGGAGACAAGGGCUUCGGCUUCACCAUUGCAGAUAGCCUCGGAGGCGGAGGGCAGAGAGUAAAACAGAUUGUGGACUAUCCACGCUGCCGCGGUCUCCGAGAGGGUGACAUCAUUGUGGAGGUGAACAAGAGGAACGUGCAGACUAUGUCUCACAACCAGGUGGUUGACUUGCUCAGCAAGUGUCCAAAAGGCAGUGAGGUCACCAUGUUGGUGCAGAGAGGAGUGGCACCUGCAAAGAAGAGCCCAAAACUGGAUGAUUUUGAGAUGGCUCCUCCAUACAGAGAUUACACUAGGAGGCAAUUGUCAAGGAAGGACAGUCAGAACAGCUCACAGCACAGUGUUUCCAGUCAUCGGAGUGCCCAGGCAGACUCGCCCUUGCACUCAUCCUUGGCACCUCCGCUCAGCGAGAGCGCCGCUCCCCCAGUACCAUCUCAGCCCCUACCGGGCCUUCCACCCCUGGACUCCACGACCGACGGGACUAUCCAAAGAAAACCAGAUCCCUUUAAGAUUUGGGCCCAGUCCAGGAGCAUGUAUGAAAGUAGGCUUCCAGACUUCCAGGAGCAGGAUAUUUUCCUCUGGAGGAAGGACACAGGGUUUGGGUUCAGAAUUCUUGGAGGGAAUGAGGAAGGAGAGCCAAUAUACAUUGGCCACAUCGUGAAGUACGGUGCGGCAGACGAGGAUGGACGUCUGAGGUCCGGCGAUGAGCUCAUAUGUGUGGAUGGCACAGCGGUGGUGGGCAAGUCGCACCAAUUGGUGGUGCAACUGAUGCAGCAGGCGGCCAAGCAGGGCCAUGUCAACCUCACCGUUCGACGCAAAACCAGUUACGCCGUUAAAGCUGAGGGAGACGUGCCUCCAUCGCCUGCAUCGUCGCACCACAGCAGCACCCAGGCACCCAGCCUGACGGAGGAGAUAGGAAAGCGAACUCCGCAGGGCAGCCAGAACUCGCUCAACACCGUCAGUUCUGGCAGCGGCUCCACCUCUGGCAUUGGCAGUGGGGGAGGGGGCGGAGGGGCUGGGGGUAGUGCUAAUGCCGUGGUCGCCGCAGCAGCUGCCACCACCUCGUCACAGACUCCCAACAUAACCUCCAGCGUCCCCGUCUCUGCCUUGCAGCCUUAUGACGUAGAGAUCCGCCGCGGCGAGAACGAGGGCUUUGGAUUUGUCAUUGUAUCGUCUGUGUCUCGGCCUGAGGCUGGAACCACCUUUGCUGGCAAUGCAUGUGUGGCAAUGCCUCACAAAAUAGGGCGGAUCAUUGAGGGAAGCCCAGCAGACCGUUGUGGGAAGCUGAAGGUCGGAGAUCGCAUCCUGGCAGUGAACUCAUGCUCCAUCACUAACAAGUCCCACUCGGACAUUGUCAACCUCAUCAAGGAGGCCGGGAAUACUGUGACACUACGCAUCAUUCCUGGAGACGAGUCAUCAAAUGCAUCUUUAUUGACCAAUGCGGAGAAGAUCGCCACCAUAACCACCACUCACACGGCCCAGCAACAGGCGGCGCCAGAGGCCAGAAACAAUACCAAACCAAAACAGGAGUCAUUCGACUUUAAAGCCCCUCAAGCGCCUCCCCCACAGCUUCCAACGCAAGUCUCAGCCCAGGAUUCAGAGUUUUACUCAGCAGACCUGGAGAGAGAUAGCAAAGGCUUCGGCUUCAGUCUGCGGGGAGGCAGAGAAUACAACAUGGACCUUUACGUACUGAGACUAGCUGAGGAUGGAGCGGCCGUCCGCAACGGGAAAAUGAGGGUUGGCGAUGAAAUCUUGGAGAUCAACGGCGAGAGCACAAAGGGCAUGAAGCACUCUCGAGCCAUCGAGCUCAUUAAGAGUGGAGGCCGACGCGUCCAUCUGGUGCUCAAGAGGGGUGAUGGGUCGGUGCCCGAAUAUGACGGCACCCCUAACGACAGCAGCACAGCCUCAGGGUUACAAAACGCUGCGGAAGUGAGCUCUGUGCCCUUCAAUGAGCCGUCGGAGCAAAGCUACAACCCAGAACCCCAAACCUCAUCCCGGACCAGGAAGGAGACGACCCAUCACUCUUCGGGCACUGGCAAGCACCACUCCCAUCACCGCCACCGCUCUCCUCACAAGAAAACCAGCGCAGGAAAACACAAAAGGACAAAAUCUCCCAGAAAGAUCACUCUGUUCAAGAAGAAGGAUGAAAAAGGAAAAUACGGCCAGCACCACCAUUCCAGUGGGCAACACCACGGCCGCCACGGCUCCCCUGACAAGGGGUACAAACGGUCACGCAGUGCAGAGAACGCCCUGGAUGGCCGUCAUGGGGGACACCGCCACGGUCGCUCCCCCGAAAGACACCAUGGUCGCCAUACUCGCCACCGCUCUCCUUACCGUUCUCAUCGGCGCUCACCUCAUCGCUCACCUCAUCGCUCACCUCGUCGCUCCCCUUACCGCUCACCUCCCCGCUACAGGUCGCCCCAUCGCUCUCGUCACCGUUCUCCAACCAGACGCCACGACCGCUCCCUCGAUCCCUACCGCAGAUAUGUCUCCCCGCAGGGAGAGAGGCAGCGUGGCAACGAGAAGCCCGCCACGGUCGAGGCAGUAUUGAAGGAGCCGUCGAGGUCUCCUGAACCGAGCUUCGCCUUUGAGGACACCGUCCUGCGUGAACCACCCGCCCUGGUCCGCCUCAACAGGGAGGCCGGGGAGGAGCGUCCUUUUUUGAACGGCAGCCUCCUGACGAGAGCUUCCACCAUGGAGAGAGCCUUUGGCGGGGACAGCCUGCUGAGGGACAUUUCCCGCAAUCCUAGAGACACCUACAGGAACGCGUCUCUGCCCAGAGUGCGCACCCCCGACUCUGACUUGGCUUACCACAGGUACAGCUCGCUGCUGAGGGGGCGAUCUCCCAAGAGGGCAGACAGCGACAGGAAUUACCCCAGCAGAGGAUCUACCCCAGAACCGUACAGAACACGCAGCCUCGGACGAGAUAUCUCCCCGAUCGGAAGUCCCAGAAGGGAAGACUCAGAGGACGAAGAGGAUGAUGACAACUUUGUGGCGGCCAAGGUAAGAGAGUACUAUAGUACACUCAAGAGUGAUAACAGUCGCCCCACCAGGCCGGUGGUCCUGGAGCCCAAGAAGACCUACAAGGACAACCCCAGAGACCUGAGCAUCUGAUUUGGCAAUCACAGCCGCUACCACACGUAAUUCAUCUGAAGUGUUCAUGCCCAUUAACCUGUUUUGAAGUAUAACCCAGUUGUGUACACACAGCACACCACAACACUUGCACGCUGAUUUCAUAAAUUGAUGUAACAAUGUUCGGUUACAACCAAGACAGUGUUUUUUUUGUUUUGUUUUUUUUUUUUGUUUUUUUUUUAUUAUUGGAUUAUUUUGCCCCUUUUCUCCUAGAUUUGGAUUGAUAUUCUCCAUUUAGAAUAAUUCAGACUUUUCCAUGAAAUGUAAAACCAUAAAAAAACAAUGAUGUGCCUAACAGUUCCAUUAACAACCAUUUGUUUGUUUUAUUUGAUACUUAGCAGGCCUUUUGUGCUGCACAUGAUGAAAUUGGGGGGGAUCUGUAGUUUUCCACAAGGAUCCUAUGGUGUGCAUGUCUUUAAUGGUCUCUCGCUCUCUCUUCCCCCAGUGCCACUGUUUUAUAGACAUUUGACCAAGACUAUAGCACAAGCCUGCAUUUGUUUGUAUAUUUUUUGACAGUUUGCAGUAUGUGUACAUUAAGAGCUGAUCAUUUUAACUGAAUGAAGGGGAAAUUAAAAGUUAAAACUAUGAUGGUGGUGAUGUUAAAAUAAAAUCUAUUCAAUAAAUGGUGAACAUGUAGUUAA